CGUUGUUGCUUGUUGCUGAGGUGAAAUGCAUUCUGGGAUAUUUGGCUCUCACAAGAACAGACGAGCCUGCUCCGAAUGCAUGCCCGGUAAAAUGGGCGGGGAAUUGGAACAGUUUCCUGGCUGCGACCGAUGAUUCACGAGGUCAAAAGUCCACACAAGAACGCAUAUUGAGAAAGGACCCAAGACAGGCACGGUAGGCAACGGGGAAUCAUCGUGGUCGGGACGGAAGACUGGAGUAAGUUUGCUAAAAGGUGAAGACUUGCCACCAUGAAGACCACAUCUUGUACAAGACGGGAUUUCGGCAUCAUCUUCCUCUUUGUGAUGGUCUAUGCCUUGAUCUUUGUGCUACAUCAAAUGGAAAUUCUGCAAUUUCAGCCUGAAGUCAACUCCACCAUCAUCAUGCCACGAGUCUCUCCUCAUCAUAUUGUUAAUCACAGAUUCUGCACCUUCCAGCCACGGUCCCCCCAGGACGCCUUGGAGGAACGCCUCAUACUAGACUCCAUUGCUCGGCCUGAAAAUCCACUUUUACCAUCUCCUAAUUCCUUGGAGCAGACAACUGAUCCAGCCCACAGCACCUUCACCAUCUUCCCAGGGAGGAAAGGGGGGCAGUGGCAUGUAGGGGACCAGCUGGAGGUUAUGAUACAAACCUUUGACUUCCAAGGUCAUCCCAAGAAGUCUGGGGGGGACUUCCUGACCGCCAGUCUGCACAACCGGAAGCUUGAAGCAGGUGUGGCUGGGCAAGUUGUGGAUCAUCUGAAUGGGAGCUACUCUGCUGUAUUCUCUUUGCUCUGGGAAGGAGACGCACGUGUUGAGGUGACUUUGGUUCAUCCUGGCGAAGCUGUCACUGUGCUAAACAGGAUAAACAGACAACAUCCCGACAGGGUUUACUACAAGAGCCUCUACCGCUCAGGCUCACUCUCUGAAACCACCCCCUGUAACGUCUGCCUGCGGUCAACCCAACAGCCGGUGUGUAACCACACUGACCUCCGAUCAGGCGAGCCCUGGUUCUGUUACAAGCCAAAGAACCUGAGCUGUGAUACCAGGAUCAACCACUUCAAGGCAGGAUACGAUAAUUACCUUUCAGCUGAGGAGAAUAAGCUCUUUCAGAGUGGCGUUAACAUGAAAGUCUCCAUUCAGGCUGCAGGACCUUCCAACGUCACUGUGUUGCCAGAGGAUGGUCAGCUGAAGGUGAAGAGCAGCUCAGUGACAUCUCUACCAUCUGGUUAUUACUACCAGGGUGUGUGGCGAGCUCUAGGAGGCAUCACAGUAUCUCAAUUCAACACGUCUGCCAUCACGCAGUGUCUGAAAGGCAAAGCAGUUCACAUGUAUGGAGACUCCACAGUGAGGCAGUGGUUUGACUUUCUCAAUGCAGUUCUACCAGGUCUCAAGGAAUUUGACUUGCACAACCCCAGACACAUUGCACCUUUAAAGUCUUUGGACAAUGAAAACAACAUCUUGGUGAGUUACCGCUGCCACGCUCCUCCUCUUCUUUCGCUCCCUAUCCCAAUCAGAGAGCUUCGUUACACUGCUAAUGAGCUAGAUGACUUGGACGCAGGCCCCAACGACGUCGUAGUCCUAGGCAUCUGGGCUCACUUUACCACUUCCCCAAUGGAUAUCUAUAUCAGGAGGCUACAGAGCAUCCGUAGGGCGGUGGUGCAGCUGCUGGACACAAAUCCCGGCACGCUGGUCAUCGUCCGGACUGGAAACUCAAGAAGUUUGAACGAUAAAGUGCCCCCACUGAACAGCGACUGGUAUUCGCUGCAGUGUGAUAAGGUGCUCAAAGCCAUGUUCAAAGGACUGAAAGUUCAUCUGAUCGAUGCCUGGGAAAUGACCCUGGCCCACCACCUGCCGCUAAACCUCCACCCACCACCUCCCAUUAUUCAGAAUAUGGUAAACUCUAUGUUGUCCUAUGUAUGUCCUCAAAAGCACGGUUAGAUGUUUGUGUUUUUGGGGGGUGCCUACUGUGUAUUUGAACACAUGGUAAGGUCAUCUUUGUUUACAGCAAGUGCUUCAUUUUAUUCAUCAAUUAAUGCUCAGAACACAUCAAUGCUCAAAUUAAAUCACAAAUUGCCCUAAAAAGCCUUAACAAUCUCCACACAUGCAACAUUGAUUGUCCCGAGACCCUCGCUUCGGAAUAAGAAAUUUUACCCAAAUUUGAAUAUUUUGUGGAGAGGAAGAAAACUUAGGUGGAAGAAACCCUUUUCCAAGAUGGGCAGAACUCAAUAGAUUUCAUUCAUGCAGAAUGAAUUACAUAACCGAGUUGCAACACAUUAAAUUCAAAAGACGGAAAUAAUUUAUACAACUAGAAAAUGUAUUUCAACCGAAAAUCAGUUUUUCCAUGAUUUGCUUGCUAAAAUUGAACAUUCCAUUUCUAAAUAUUUAACAUUAAGCGCAGUUUAGAUUAGCGCUUAUGGAUGUAAGGAACACUUUUGGCAUGACAUAAAAAGAUUUCCUACCUGCAAAGGUAAGGAUCCACCAUCUGACUCUUGUAAUGGUCAAAUAUGUUAUAACAGUGUUAUGCUAAAAGAGUGAUUAUUGUCUGAAUUGAAGAAAUGUGCGAAAAGCAGGGUGAUUCAAAAGUUUCCAUUUUCAGCUGUGUAUGAAGAAAAGAGGGCAGUCAAACAUACUUUAACACAAAUGCUCGGACAAAGGAACACCAUCUUAACCGUGGUUCUUAUCUCAACUUGGUUUGCAAUUUUUCAUACCUGCCACUAAGGAUGGCCUUCAUGUGUUUGUAUAAAAGCUCUGUGUUUUUAACUGCUCGGAGAGGCCAUCUCCACAGAGCACUGUAAUACGUGCUUGUGUAUUUGACCUCCUGCUUACA